AGAAAGAAAACCACCAGUCAGAGCAGCAGGUCGGUCGAGUGUGCUCCGUGAAAAUCGUCGUUUUCUGCGGUAAAAAGUGCGUUAUCAUGUUCAAACCUGGCUGCAAACGUUGUGCGAGUGUACCCGGCAAGUGAUAAACGCGGUGAAAAAUGGAUGCCCUCAUGGAUUACGGUGAAAAACAGUGAAAAUUGACCCGUCGAUACGCCUUUCUGGGUCUCCUUCAGCAGCAAGACGGAAGAAGACACUCACUUGCGGAGGAAGGAACUCUCCGAAAGUAGGGUUGCGUUGGUGUGGGUUGAAAAUACAUUCAAAGGGAUUUCGUGCGGGUGUGGUGGUGGUGAGUGCCGGCGCUUGCCGAGUAAAAGGUACUCACCUUUGGUGUUCGCGGAUCUCAGAUCCGUCAAUCGAGAGUAUCAAGCUGACUAAUGAUAGAAGUGUUUUGUGAUUAGUGCGAAGAAAAUGCAUCUUUCUAAUAGAUUUAUCUGACAAAAUGAAUUCAAAUAACCUCAGAAUGGAAGAGCAGAGUUUGGUGAGCAGGAACGUUCUUGUUCCAGAACUCUAUUUCCUGAUUUCCAAGUUUUUGGCCAAUGGACCGCUGCGGGAAACUGCCAAGGUUUUGGCCCAGGAAUUGGAGCAUUUAAACAUCUUGCCCCGCCGUUUGGACUGGACCGGCCAAGAGCAUCGCCAAACGCUGGACGAGUUGGAACGCAAAUAUCCCCACAUUGGCCCGCAACACCUGGUGGAGUUAUGUGCCCGCAUUGGACCGCUAUUGGACAGGGAACUGGCCCCGGCCGUUCCAGGCGUCCUCUCCCUGCUCGGAGCAGGACGUCAAAGCGCUCUGCGGACAAAGGAAAGCAUAAGCCGUCCUCGGCAACUGGUCGACUACUGCACCCGGGUCCAUCAUAUGCCCCUGGCGGAUGCUGUCCACCGGAACAACACCCACAACAUUGUCAAGGUGUUGUACGGGCGAGAAAGUGCCGGCCCUAUAAUACGACGCCAGGCCGUUCCUACCUCAUUCUACUCCAAGCAAACGCUGCAACGGCGAACUCUGGGCCAUCUGUCGGCGGUUUACUGCGUCCUGUUCGAUCGAACCGGAAAAUACAUCAUAACCGGGGCCGACGAUUUGCUGGUGAAGCUCUGGAGUGCAAUAGAUGGACGGCUGUUGGCCACAUUCCGCGGAGCAUCCGCUGAGAUCACCGACAUCGCCAUCAAUUUGGACAACACGAUGUUGGCCGCGGGAUCGCUGGACAGAAUUUUGCGCGUUUGGGACAUGCAAUACGGAGGGCCGAUCGCCGUGCUGUCUGGUCAUACCGGAAUGAUCACGUCGGUCAAUUUCUGCCCGUCGCCAAAGGCGGAUUUGCGUUAUUUAGUGACGACCAGCACGGAUGGUUCGGUCGCCUUUUGGGAGUAUACUACUCGAGGUGGAAAGCCCAACUUCAACUCCAAGCCGGUCAUGUACCACGAAAAGCUGAGACCGGGUCAAGCGCAGAUGAUCUGUGCUUCCUUUUCGCCGGGCGGAAUAUUCCUGGCUGCCGGUUCGGCCGACCAUCACGUUCGGGUGUAUUUGAUGUCUGAGGAUGGACCGAAGCGGAUUCUGGAAACCGAGUCCCACUCCGAUACGGUGGAUUCCAUUCAGUGGGCUCACACUGGGUUGAGGUUUAUCUCCGGAAGUAAGGACGGAACGGCCCUACUGUGGCAUUUCGAGACGCAACAGUGGAAAUCGACGCGUCUGAAUAUGACCGAACGCUUGCCCAGCUGUCCCCCGCAGACACCGGAAGAGAUGGCAACGAAACCGAAGGUGACCAUGGUUUCGUGGGACAAUACAGACGAUUGGGUCAUAACGGCAGUCAACGAUUUUACCAUCAAGAUUUGGAAUGCUCACACGGCGAAACUGCACAAGGUAUUGCGUGGACAUACCAACGAGAUCUACGUGCUCGAAUCACAUCAGAAAGAUUCCGGAGUGUUGCUGUCUGCCGGACACGACGGUCAACUGUUCAUCUGGGAUAUCGUGAAAGGGGUUUCGUUGGCCAACUUCCUUAAUCACAUCGACGGCCAAGGAGACGGUGGAAUCUUCGACGCAAAGUGGUCUCCAGAUGGCAACAUGAUUGCCGCAACCGAUUCGCAUGGCCACAUCCUGAUGUUCGGUUAUGGUUCUGGGCAUGAAAGGUUGACUCUCCUGCCGAAGGAGCUGUUUUUCCACACGGAUUAUCGUCCUCUGAUCAGGGAUUCUUCACAUCACGUAAUGGACGAACAGACGCAAACGAUGCCCCACUUGAUGCCACCACCGUUCCUUGUGGACAUCGACGGCAAUCCGUAUCCCCCGGCAAUGCAACGUCUGGUCCCGGGUCGAGAAAAUUGUCCAACCGAUCAACUAAUCCCGAACAUUGGCCUUGGGCCAGCUGAAGGAGAAGAGGCACAACCCGGAAACGCGUAUUCCAACAUUGAUCGAAUGAUUGAGGCUCUGGCCAAUCGUCAAGCCGGACCAGAAGGCGCGGAUCAAGCACCCGAUUCAAAUAACGAUCCAGCUCGUAACAGAAACGACGAGAAUCAACCGAACGAGGCGAACCGCCUCAAUGGACGGCCCCAGCAAGGGGUGCAACGUUUCGGUGGAAAUUGGCAUCACCGGGAAGGAGCUUUCAAGUUUCAUCGACGGCAAUACGUGCGUCCCAUGGAACAUUCCAAUCUGCAGAAUCUUAAGCAACGCAUCUACGCCGCCGGACUUCAAGAACACGAGAAAUAUAAACGGGAGAUGCGACGCCGCCCGCUCAUGAUCAACACAUCAAACAACAGUGGUUCAAACGGCGGCCAAGCGAAUAGACGUUCCGGUGGUCGGAACAACUCCAGCCGGCCGGCUCGUCGUUCCCAGCAAAACGGGGAUGCCAACGGAAGGCAGCCUGCUUAUCGUACGCGAGCAGUCAGAGACAACGAACCCGAACCGGAAGCUCCUCCGGAACAGCAAGAGUCCUCCUCGAGCGAGAGCAGCAACAGCGAUGACUCCACCGCUAUCGAAGAAGAGUUGGACCUCUCGGGAUCUACCAGCUCGGAUACUGACAGUUCGGACUACUCCGAUUGGGUGUCCCACGAACCGGGACGCAAUUUGGAACCACCCAAGCGGUCCAAGCGAAAGCACGUCCAAAGAAGAGCAUAUUCGCCACCGGAGAUCGACCAACCUGGACCGAGCAGUGGUCGCCGGCCCAAAGUACGAAAAAUCCCCAUCACUCGAGACGGAGAAAUCCCAGAACCGUACCGGCCUCCGGAAUGGCUCUCGGAAGUCAUCCCACGGAAGGCCCCCUACUAUCCGCAGAUGGGCGACGAAGUGGUCUAUUUCCGCCAAGGACACGCCCGCUAUCUGGAAGCCGUCCGGACGAAAAACGUCUACAACCCCGGCAACAAAUGCGAACCUUGGGGCUCGAUCGACGUCCGUGAUCACGAAUUCUGUAAAGUGAUCGGCAUUAAGUACGAAAUUCGUCCACCCCGGCUCUGCUGCCUAAAGCUAUCAAUCCUGAACGAGGACAACGUUCCAUCGGGUCGUUCCUUUGUCAUCAAGUAUCACGACAUGCCGGACGUGUUGGAUUUCCUGGUGCUGAAGCAAACGUUCGACACGUCCGUCCGGCGCAACUGGGGCCCCGGCGAUCGGUUCCGCUGUAUGAUCGAAGACGUGUGGUGGCUCGGCCAGAUCGAAUCUCUCAAUCAACUGUCGCCGGAGUUUCCGGAUUCGCUGUUCAUGUGCUUCCGCGUUCGGUGGGACAACGGCGAGUACGAGUUCAUGAGUCCGUGGGAUUUGGAACCGGUGGACGAAAGUCGGCUACCGGUUGAGGUUGGAGGGGCCGUUCCCGUCCUGCCGGAGGAGCUUCGAGCGACUUUGUACCAACCGAAAACGGAAGAAUGGCCACGGGGCGAUCGGGAUGCGUCAUGUCGGCGGAUCAUCGCCGGUUUGGAGCAGGUGAUGGGCCUAGCCAUUGCGGAUCUGUUCCUGGCGCCGGUCGAUCUGAACAUCUAUCCGGAGUAUGCGUUUGUGGUGGAGUAUCCGAUCGAUUUGAACACCAUCAAGGCACGGUUCGAAAACCACUUCUACCGGCGCAUCACGUCGGCACAGUUUGACGUGCGCUAUCUGGCCACCAAUGCGGAGAAGUUCAACGAAUCGCACAGCAACAUCGUGAAACACGCUCGUAUCGUUACGGAUUUGUGUCUGAGGAUAUUGGGAGAAAUCAACGACGUUGAUGUUCCGGCCGUGUACCACCAGCUGGUGGAUACGUACAUCUCAUCGGACUCGGACAGCGACAGCAAUCGACCGGGUCCUUCCUCGGGAAGUAGUAACAAUAACAACAGCACUAGUAACCGGCGGCCUCCUGCUGGUUCAAGAAGGUCUCGCCGAUUGGUUCCUGAGGGCGAUUGGCGUGUCGAUUGCCGAGAGCUGUUGGAAAUGAUUUGGCAAUGUGAUGACUCCGAACCGUUCCGGGAGCCGGUGGAUACACUCCAGCAUCCAGACUACCUGCAAAUUGUCGACACUCCUAUGGAUUUGAGGACAAUCAAGGAGGACCUGUUGGGCGGAAACUACGAAUCGCCGUUGGACUUCUCCAAGGACAUGAAACUGAUAUUCCAGAAUUCGCGCAACUACAACACAAACAAGCGAUCGAGGAUCUACUCAAUGACUCUACGGCUCAGUACGUUAUUCGAAGCCCACAUCAAACCCAUCAUCUACAACUGGAAAUCGGCUCGAAGGCGUGGCAAAGCAAAUGCCGCCAAAAGAGGAGCUAGUGGUGCCAGCGGAAGCGGUCCUAGUGGAGCCAGUGGAGCACCAAAGAGCCGUCGAGAUGACCGCAGCAGCCGUAGUGGCGGAGGUACAGGAACAUCCAGUCGACGGUCAACUCAAAGUCAGAAUACCAGCUCGGCCAGGUCACACCAUUCGGAUGAUGACGAUGACGACGAUGAUGAUGAUGAGCCGGGACCACCAAAGCGCCCCACUCGUAACGGUGCGGUCAGUUCCCGGCGAGUGCCUCCGACAAACGGGGUAUCGUCCAGUAGCAAUGCGAUCAGUUCGGAACCACAACCAGGACCGAGUCGCAGUCGAACAGCAACGGCGGCACCAGCUGCCAGCUCAAGUCGCGUUACGCGGCGAUCUCAGGAAGCGGAUGAUGAGGAAGCAACGGUCAGCAGUAGUGAGAGCGAGAGUUCUAGCGAUUCGUGCGAUAGUAGCGACGACAGCACGGGAGUUCCGGUGUCCCACAAACGAGAUUACGAUUCAGGUGAAAUGUAUGAUCCUUAUAAGAAGAAGCGAAAGAAGAAGGCUAAACCGAAGAAAGCCAAGAAGAACCCUCCAAAGAGUGCAGUAAGUUCGUCAACGCCCCGGAAGAAACCUCCCUCUAAUAGUGGAUCUAGCAGAGAACACUUCCUGGCGGCUCGACAAGCCCAAUCGCAAAGGCCGAGAAAUGGCACUGUGGCUACGCUGGCAGUACCUGGUCCCUCGAGGACAAACUACCGUGCAGCCCACGAAGAGCAACGAGCGGAGCAAUCCCGGGAGAAAGAACACGAUAAACCAAAGAGCAGCGGGAGUACAAGUGCGGGAAGUAGUCGGACGUUGAGAAGUGCCCGCAACAAUACGGGAAGCGACAGCGAAGGCGAUGAUGCAGGAGAAGGUCCAAGCAGUGGACGAAAACCUUUGAAACGCCUUCAAAGAUACGAAUCGGAUCACAGCUAUCACAUGUCCCGUCCGAAGAAUGCUCGAAUCAUGUCCGAUACGGACAACGAAGAAGAGUCGCCUCGAUCUACACGGGGGAGCACACGAAGAGCUCAAGCGGAAUGGGGCAGAAGCGAAGAUAGUCUUGAACCCCCGGACGAAGACGACCAUCCAACGAAUUCGCAGCAGUCUAGUCGAAGAAUGCGGCCUCGCAACCGGAUAUCGGAUCAAGAACACAGCCACGAAGAAACGAGCAACAUAAGCAAACGAGGCUCAUCACAACGAUCCGCUCCGGCGCCAGCUAGCAACAGCAGCAGCAAUCGCACUCGAAACUGGAUCGCCAGCGAAAGCGACAACGAUCAUCACCACGCCCAGCUGCAAUCUCCUGAACAACCCAGUACAAGCUCCUCGUCCGUUCCAGGGCGAGCCCGAAUGAUCCGCACCUCUAACGGACCAUCCAAAAAUCCUCGAAAACCGGUCGAAAGUAGACCCAACCAGAACCGGCGCCUUCGAAAUAUCUCCCGGAGUGAACCGUCGGUCACGCCUCCCCCUCACACCGUUGACCACAACUAUGGGGAACCUUCGUCCCGUCGGACACGGAACCGGCAGCAGCUGUCCCGUCACCAAAGAAAUGCAGACGAACUCGAUCACACGCCGGACGACGGCGAUCACAGUGACGACGAUGAAGACUACAGCGAUGAUGACGCCCCGCUGAGACCUCGCGCCUGCACUCAAAUCAGUUCCCGGUUGCGUAGCAAAACCAACUCGCCGGAAAAGCGGAAAAAGCCCUCGACAACGUCCGACGACGACGAACAGCCGGAGGACUCCGACGAGGAGUUUGUCAACGAUCCGGAAGAGGAAGCCGACUCCGAAGAGGAAGAAGCCUCCGUCGACAGUACGGACGAUGAUUCGGACAACGUCCCGUUGGCCGCUUCGUCCAAGGCUAAAACUGGUAGAUCUCAAAUGGCCAACAACGUCGGGUCUGGCGGCGGCAGCGGCAGCAGCAGGAGUAGACCUCCGCCGGCGAGAUCCGACAGAGGCGAAAGUGGCAAUGUUAGCAGUCGGACGCGACUGAAGGAACGGUUCUCAUCCGAGGACGACAUGGGGGGCCCUGGACCGUCCACGCUGCGCAACACACGUAACCUGAAGCGGCCGCACUACAACGAGGACAGCGACGAGGACGAUCCCACAAGUCGCCAGCGACCGCCGAAACGUCCGGCCAUGUUCGGCAUAGCUAGGAUAACUACGCAUCCGCCGAUCAAUGGGACGGACGGUGGCAGCCAGGAGGACAGUGACGCCAACAGCGAGGACAACGAAGCCCUGACCAGCGUCAGCAGUCGUGGCCGUGUGCGGCGAAUCAAUCCGAAGAUGCGGAAAAUUUUCCGGGAAUAACCAUCGCGUCCGGUUAACAUCUAGUGUUUGUACAGCUCCCUCCCCCAUCAAUCCUAUCCUCGUGUAAAUUUGUCUCUUGUUUCGUAGUUCGGUAAGUUUCUAUCUUUGUUAGAUUUUAGACCGCUAGGAUGAGAUGUUAAUAGAAAAGUAUCUACGUUUAAGGAAGCUACACCUACGCAACCACUUGAAGCCCAGAAGCGCAGAUUCUGAGUGCGUUUGUCGAAACUGCCACGAAUUGUAUCCGCUAGAGAGACAACCAUAUUUGAUUUAUGAAUCCCCCCUCCUAACAGAAACGAAUGAAAGCGUGUUUCCUUAGUUCUUGUACUCGAGUGCAACAAUAAUCCAAUUGAAUCAGCUAUACUCAGCAGUAGCUUUCUCCGAGAGGCGCCGCCUUCACCGGUGAUCGAAUUAACGCAAAUUUGUUUAAAAAGUUAAGAUAAGACUGAUAUCGAAUUCACCAACUAUAGAACAAAUCUAGAAACUGUUCCGUUUUUUUUUUUUUGGUUUGCUUUGCUGUCCCACCCAACCAGACGAGCUAGUAUUUACCACCCCCCCCCCUCAACCAGAAGUUCCAAAGUUCCCUCUUGGUGAUGCUACCAUUAUAGCCUCUCGUUUUCAUAUUUGUAAAAUUUCGCGUGUAGAAAGUAGCAGGAAAUCGACCCGGGAUUUCCUCGUUGAGAAGAGAGGCAGAUCAGAGUUACGUUUAAUGCGCCAGCAGUGGCAAAUUGUAGUCGUUAGGGAUAAACUUACGCCGCCUAGUGAUUAGUAGUGUCAGUAAGUUAGAAGAGAAGAGAGGAAAACAUGUAGAAAUCGCUAAAUCGAAGGUAAGAUUACGAAAUUCUUGCAUAAAUUCAGCUAUAAAUUAAAA